AUGUGUCGUCUUCGCAGUCGAGUGCUUGGCCCAGACUGCCAUCUUACGCUAUCUGGUUUGACACCAUCUCGUCGCCCACCCUCACACUGUCUAGCUGGUCGCCUCGCCCUAGCCAUGGGGGCUAGACUCCAUACCGGCCUUCAAUUACCUCCUUCCAGAGCCGUUGCUUCAUAUAAGCCGUCUGGCGUGUCUUUCUCACCCCUCCUUACGUCUGAUGCCUCCGAUUCUGGCCACAGUAAACUCGGUCUUACGAGCCAGCCGUUUGCCCUUCCCUCACAGUCUUCAUUUUUUCCAUCCUAUUCCUCAUUUUCUGAACUGCUAGAAUCUCAUGAGGCUCGAUCUACCUCUCUUGACCUGCUUGCUUCAAGCCCGCCUCAGAUUUUUCCUGUAUCAGUCUCUACUUCUGACUCUUGUGUGCAUGUGGAUUCCACCAACCCUGCAUGGUCUCCAACUUAUGUGCUAUCUAACUCUUCCCACUCUAAUCCUGAUGGGCUCAUUAGCUUAUCUACUAUCAUCGCCACCCAGGACUCUGUUUGUGAGACGGAUGUCCCGAUAUCUAGUCAACCAGAAAUUGCGUUUGAUUUGGAUUCACGUACACUUGGCGUAACGGCCAAUGCCAUCUCAUCUCUGGAGGAGGAACCUGCUUUGAAGAGACUUAGGCUCGAGGAAAUGACACACUUCCAAGAGACUAAUAUUACUGGGCCGGAUUUGAGUCCUCCCUUGGUUGAAAGGCAAUUUGUUGAUGAUAGCGAUAACCGGUUAGAGACGAUAGAUCCCUUAACGCCCGAAGAUGACAAGAACACCAACGCUCCAUCUGGUUUGACUCUGGCGUGCACAAUGUCAGUUUCCAAUUGUGCUGCACAGAAAGGCUUGCUAGUAUCAGCGCCAGAUGUGCCAGUUUUGCCAACUGGCCGAAGAUACAAAAGCCGGUGGGUUAGUGGUUAA